UCAACUAAGGAGGACGACAGUAGUAGCCUCCUGCACUUAUGGCCUUCUUCCGACAGCUGCGGCUUCUUCUCUGGAAGAAUGGACUGGCGGUCAUCAGACAGCCGUUGUGGUCCCUGACUCUGCUCAUCUGGCCUUUGGUCAUCUUCCUCAUCAUCGCUGUGACCCGAUACCACUUCCCUGCAUUUCCAACAGAUACAUGUUAUGUUGGGCCUCGAAACCUACCCAGCGCUGGAUUCUUCCCUUUCCUGCAGACCGUCCUGUGCAACACAGACAGCCACUGUCAUAACACAUCUCAACUGGUGAACCCAAUGGCAUCAACGUCAUCAAGAAAGAGAAGGUCCGUUGACUCUUCAGAGAAAACCCCACUGGAAAAGUUGAUUCAAGGAGAAUUUUUCAACUUUGAUUUCCCCAGUACAUCCAACAGUGACACUGCAAUGUUGGUUAAUGUCAUGGAAAAUCUUGUGGGUUCUUCCUAUCAAGGAAACUCUAAUAAUGUCACCUUUGUGAGUCCAGUCAACACCACUAUGACCGAUCAGGAAACCAUGAACAAAAUACUUGAGUCUGUGAAUGUGUUGAAGAGAGCCGUCUGUGCUGUGGCUUUGCCCUGGAUAAAGAGUGAAGCACCCAGCACCGUCACCAACGCUGCAGACAUUUUCUGCAACACCAACAUCACUUUGUUCGAAGUCUCCCUUCAAACAGUGAACACGAUACUAACGGAGCUGUUGGUGCAAAACCCAGAAGAGAUGAUGACGUCGGCUGGGAUGUCGGUGUUAGCAUUUGAUCAGCUGCAGAACGAUACUUCACUGUGGGAGAGCCUUCUAGCUUUUCCCGAGAUCGUCUCUUCUCUUUCUGCUGAUCAAAUUCUGAACAGCAGUGAAGCAUUGCUCACAAAUUUGCAAAGUAUUUUGCUUUCCUUGGAGAACAAUUUCCCUCAAACAGCUGACUCAUUCUCCACAAUUGGCCCAGUGCUUCAUGGAGGACUCAACGUGAUCAACUACGCUAACAACUGGCCUGGAAAAAACGUUACAAUAUCCCUUGGAGAUGUCGUCACGUUGCCCAAUGACACAAUUAGUGAAAUUGCAAAACGCAUUCUGCAAGAGGUUCAGAUCCCACUACAUAUGGCCAUUGCUCUGUCAUGGGAUAAAGUAGCUGUGUAUUCUAACUUGUGUGGUGACAACAGUAAGCCACUGUGGCUAACAGCAGCGUGCAGUACCGGCACCAUGGACAUGCUUCUCAGCUGGAUCUACCCAGAACAAGUGGUCAAACAGACUUUCCUGGCAUGGAUUAAAUAUGUGGCAGCGGAUGAUGUCGCCUUCGUCAAAGAACUGGUUUGCGAUCUGAUGGGAUGUUCAGCCUCAGGGGUCUCCAACACCACGAGAUAUCAGCGUAGCGUGGAUACACAACCACAGAACUCAGAGGAGGAGCUAUUUCUGGGUAUCGGCCAGUUGCUUGUGGAGAUUGCAAACACUGAUCCUGAGUUUGAUAUGGUUGUUGAGAGAUCGCUCAGUUCUGUGUUCCAGACCAUGAAGGCAGAGAUGGUGAUGUUAUCCACUGUGGAAAAAGUCAUGGAUAAUGUCCUGAACGAUGCAGAAACUCUCCAACAGAUGUUUCACCCUCUGCUGACAAACCAGUCUGGGGCAAGUGCUUGGAUCAGCCACAUUCUGGAAAGUGUGACGGAAAUAAUUAUCAAGACGCAGGAUUCACAGUAUAAUUCAUGUGAAAAACUUCUUGAACCCAUUGAGUGGCUCCUGCCCUCCAAGACCAUAAAGAUAGAAGUGUGGAGAUUGAUGUUCUGCGAAAACAGCACCUCUCUGAGUCAAGCUUUGAUGGUGGACUGGAUGCCGGUUGUCCAACAGAUGCAAGAAGUGCAAAGCAUUGUCAGAGGUCAAACAGAGCUCAGUGUAACCCUUCCUAUGGUUCUCGCUGAGUGGCACAAGUUUUACAACACCAACUUGGAAUUUGCUGAAUAUUUGAAUACAAAACUGGGUGGAGUGGAAUGGAAGAACUGGAUGCCAGGGAUAAGUGUUGAUCAUCUUCCUGGAGCUCUUCAACAAAGCCUCAUCCUGUUUGCUGAAAAGUAUGGAAAAAAGCUUGAGGAGAGUGAUUACUGGCCCGAGAUGAAGGACUACUUCCAUGUGGUUUACUGGGUUUUGAACUACAGGCCUGGUGUUACAACACAGCCACCAAACUGUUAUGUUAAUAUCAGCUCUUUUGUCCCUUAUUGUGACACUGGCCUGAAGUGGCCACAGUUGGCCACAGCUGUGACAGAAGCUCUGAUGUCACCAAACCCAGAUGUGCUAUUAAAUGUUCUCAAUGGAAGUGUAAUACUGUUGCAACACAUGUAUGGAGAAGUCUACAAAAAUCUGACAGCCUUGUAUCUGGAAGAAAUUCAAGGAGGAGAUCCCUUUUCUGCAUACCUCAAAAAUCUGCUGCAUAACUUGGAUGACUUUGUUCAAACCAUCACAGUCUUUCCGAACCAAAACCUCACAGACCCUGCUCUCAUGGUACCAUUCAUCACCAGCUUGUUAGAGUCAACAGGUCUGAAGCCACUCCUCCCCCUGCUCAACCAAUACAACUUCAAUGAAACAGACACAUCACUUCCUGAACUGGAGAGGCUGAUAUUGGAAUUUUUCUCGUUGAAGGGUAACCUGACAAUUCCUCUCUCUAACAUCAUGAGGUACAGUCUGCUAAACUAUACUGGCUACUUCAACCCCAACUAUGUGGCCAAUCUCACAGAAGCCAUCCAACCUUUCACCAACCAGACCACAGCUAGUAUUAUAGAAGCCAUCCUCAGAGCCACUGAACUUCUAAAGACACUGACAGAUUCUCCAAAUGGUGACCCAACUAACAUCAUUCUUGGGUACUUGCACCAGAUUCAACAGUUCAUGAUUUCUGCUUUCAGACUACAGUCAGUUGAAUAUCUCCUGAUGCCAAAAGAACAGCUGAAUACAACCCAAGUCACUGAUCUCCACAUGGUUUUGAUGAACGUUCUCAGCCUAUUGACUCCUGAGAGCCUUCAGGUGCUAACUCAGUCUGGACCAGAUGCUGCCCAAAACAUUGUCAUUCAGAAGUUUGUAGCACUACUACCAUCUGGUGUGCAAGGAGAUGCUGCUAGCUUUGUUCAAGAUUUUAAAGCUCUGCAGAACCAGGUGGCUAAUUGCACAGAAGAAACAGGACAGAACUGUCUGCAGGGAAUUUUACAAAUCCCCACAAUUCUUUCUCAAAUUGUAGAAAUGAUGCUUGCAACCAAUGGCGGGGUCACUAUUCAAAUAUCUCCAAAUAAUUCAGCUGCCUGGAGUCAGGAAUAUGAAGUCCUUACAGCUACCUUCUUCUCACUCCUCUUGCCAACAAAUGAUACUGCCUAUGUAGAAACAAUCAAACAGGCUCUUCAUUUCCUCCGGUUAGUGACAAAUAUGACAGAUGUUACGGGGUCCAGUGUUGAGAAUGCUUUGCUGGAAUCAAAUCUAACCAUUCACCAGCUGGAUGAAAUUGUUGCUGUAGUUGGAGCUGCCAACAUGAAUGAUCUGAUGACAAAAGUGAUGAGGAUUGUUGAUGCAAAUGAGUGUUUUAAACCUCAAAACACCAUGGUGGAAACAAGUCAGUGUGUCAUGGGACUAAUAAAUGAUAUCAGCGGCUUUCUGACCCAACUUCCUACUCUCCAUAAUGACACCACAGCCCUGUCUUUGAUCCCAGUAAUUGCCAAUAAAACUACCAGUGAACUCAUACAGGCAAACUUCAGUUCCAGUGCUAAUAUGGUGGUUGUACAAACUUUGGAAACUAUAUUGGCCAAUAUCAAGAUGAGCCUCCAGCUAAACCAACUGAACACUCCAGAAAUCAUGAAUGAAAUCACAGUGGUGGAGCAGCUGAUAUGGCUGGUCACCAACUUGGAACCAUUUUGCCAAACCAAACCAAACCAAAACCUCACAGGCCCUGCUCUUAUAGUACCACUCAUUACCACCUUAUUAGAGUCAGCAGGUCUGAAGCCACUCCUCCCCCUGUUCAACAGUGAUGGUCCAUUUAACACCUCCACAUUGCUUGAUAUAGCUUCAACAUUGGGCAGGCUCAACCAAUACAACUUUACCUUCAAUGAAACAGACUCAUCACUUCCUGAACUGGAGAGGUUGAUAUUGGAAUUUUUCUCAGUGGAGGGUAACCUGACAAUUCCUCUCUCUAACAUCAUGGGGUACAGUCUGCUAAACUAUACUGGCUACUUCACCCCUGAAUAUGUGGCCAGUCUCACAGAAGCCAUCCAACCUUUCACCAAUCAGACCACAGCUGGUAUUGUAGAAGCCAUCCUCAGAGCUAUUGGACUUCUAAAAACACUGACAGAUUCUCCAAAUGGUGACCCAACUAACAUCAUUCUUGGGUACUUGCAACAGCUUCAAGAGUUCAUGAUUUCUGCUUUUAGACUGCAGUCAGUUGAAUAUCUCCUGAUGCCAAAUGGGCAGCUGAAUACAACCCAAGUCACUGAUCUCCACAUGGUUUUGAUGAACGUUCUCAGCCUAUUCACACCUGAGAGCCUUCAGGUGCUAACUCAGUCUGGACCAGAUGCUGCCCAAAACAUUGUCAUUCAGAAGUUUGUAGCACUACUACCAUCGGGUGUGCAAGGAGAUGCUGCUAGCUUUUUCCAGGAUUUCAAAGCUCUGCAGAACCAGGUGGCUAAUUGCACAGAAGAAACAGGACAGAACUGUCUGCAGGGAAUUUUAGAAAUCCCCACAAUUCUUUCUCAAAUUGUAGAAAUGAUGCUUGCAACCAAUGGCGGGGUAACUAUUCAAAUAUCUCCAAAUAAUUCAGCUGCCUGGAGUCAGGAAUAUGAAGUAAUUACAACUACCUUCUUCUCACUUCUCUUGUCACCAAAUGAUACUGCCUAUGUAGAAACAAUCAAACAGGCUCUUCAUUUCCUCCGGUUAGUGACAAAUUUGACAGAUGUUACAGGGUCCAGUGUUGAGAGUGCUUUGCUGGAAUCAAAUUUAACCAUUCACCAGCUGGAUGAAAUUGUUGUUGUGGUUGGAGCUGCCAACAUAAAUGAUCUGAUGACAAAAGCGAUGAGGAUUGUUGAUGCAAGUGAGUGUUUUAAACCUCAAAACACCAUGGUGGAAACAAGUCAGUGUGCCAUGGGACUAAUAAAUGAUAUCAGUGGCUUUCUGACCCAACUUCCUACUUUCUGUAAUGACACUGCAGCCCUUUCUUUGAUCCCAGUAAUUGCCGAUAAAACUACCAGUGAACUCAUACAGGCAAACUUCAGUUCUAGUGCUAAUAUGGUUGUUGCACAAACUUUGGAAACCAUCUUGGCCAAUAUCAAGCUGAGCCUCCAGCUUAACCAACUGAACACUCCAGAAAUCAUGAAUGAAAUCACAGUGGUGGAACAACUGAUAUGGCUGGUCACCAACUUGGAACCAUUUUACUCAUUUAAUACCACCUUGAUCAAUGAUCCAAUGCAUGCCCAGAAAGUUUCUCUGGAGCUUGUGGAGUGGUACUUGGAAAGGUUGGAAAAUGCCACCAGCAGCAGUUCUAUCUCAGAACUCUUUCAGCCCUUUUUUUACCUCACCCAAAUGCAAGUGGCAUUCCAGUUGUCUCAGACAGAACUCUCUGCAUUUGUCAUUAACAAGACUGAGUUCCUGAUUAACAUGCUCCAGUACCCAAUAGAUGGCACAGGCAUGAACACAAUCGUGAAGACAACACAUGAGCUUCUUCUGCAUUUAUUGGACUGCCUUGAUAAUAUCAUAGAGCUGCAGAAUAACAAUCAAAGUCUGCAGCUGUUUAACACAAGUGCUCUGUAUUUCACUGAGCUUCAAAUCAAAUUCUACCUCCAACUUACAGAAAAGUGGAUUGAACAGCCUACUGUUCAAAUGCUCCUAACAAGUAUGUUCCAAUGGGGAAACUCCUCUACAAUUACAUCCAGCAUAGAAACAGACUUGAAUAGUUUGCUGAAUGUGACGGCUAAUUUUCUCACGGAUGAGCAAAAGACCUACCUUCUCACGAUAACCAAUAUCACACAGUCUCUCAGUGAAGCCAUAACCAGGGCAGAACAACCUGGUGGUUUACAGAGUGAACACUUUGUCGCUGCCCUCAUGGGAGCAGUCCACAGUGGACUGCAGAUUUCAAACCUGCUGCCCAAUGUAACACAGGACUCUCUGGAAACUGUGCAAGAUUCACUAACACUCCUUUUGAGCCAAAACAUUAGUUUUGCCCAACCAUCUAACACCACGUUACUCAUCCUGGAGAGAGUUGAGAGGCUUAUUCAACAAACAACACCACCAUGUGUUGCCGAAUAUGUUCCUUCCUUUGGCAAAUUAAUUACUACAUACUUUGAAAGCACUAAAAGCAGUGGGCCAAACCAGUGGGAUCAAAUAAUUUUGAAUGAGAUGAGGACAAUCCAGAGCCUCCUGCCACCAAACAGCACAGAACAGUCCUUCAUCGCCACCUUCAUUAACCUCAGUAAAUUCAUCUUGCAGUCUAUUCAAGGAAACAUGACACUCCAGGGAGGUUUGAAAGGAACAUCAGUUGAAACAAGCUCGGAAAUUAUAGGCCAGCUUGGCAGGUUUUUGAUCGGGUCUAUCCAACUUUAUAUUGGUGGCUCCGGCUCCGGUACUGGUUUUACAUAUCUUGUUCCAGUUUUGGAACAGGUGAUGACUGGGAGUGCUGACCAAGGAACAUGGAACCACUUUGAGCAGAUUCUGGUAGAUCUACUGUCACCGCUUGGAGGAAAAGAAGAAUGGAACGGCACCUCUUCUGUUUUGCCUCAGAUCGAACAAUUCACAGAAACCAUAGUGAAGAACGUGCAAGCACAGAACGUGUUAAUACAAAGCCUUCAGACACCCGUGUUGGCCCUAUUGAGAGAUAUUGUAACAUCUGCGAACACCACCCAUUUCAAUCUGUCAGAGUUCACAGGGGGACUGCAGCUCGCCAUUGGAAGUACACUUCAAGCAGCUCAGCAGAUAAAUGGCACGUUGGACUGCAACGAGGUGCUCAAAGAAUGGGAGCCUGUUCGACAGGCAGCAGGUUUAAACACUUCUGUAUUGGCGAUGUGGUGCCACAUCAGCCUGCAGCCUGCAUUGGAGGCUUUUGCUGCAGCUAAGACCAACUACUCAAACCUGAACAUAAAUCACAUGGCCAUGGAACCAAUAGGUGUGAGCGCUGCAGCCGGCAGGAUUGUCAAAACAAUACAGCUCCUCUAUGAAGUCAACAUUAACUACACACUUGUGAUACAGCAGUCCAUCAUGACUUUGUCCAACCAGCUCACUGUGCUGACAGGCCAGCCUUUGAGCCCUGAGGCGCAGUCUAACUGGUCCAAGCAGCUCCUGGACAUGCAGCUACUGAACAGUUUGUCUGUUCUUAAACAGUACUCAGAUGAGCUGGUUAGAGAAGCUCCUUUCCUUCAGCCCUACACCAAUGCUUUUAUAAAUGCGCUGAGCCACAUCCUGAACAACUACCAUCUCAGUGAAAACUCGUCCCAGAAUGUGUCUGAAGAAGCAGUCCUGGUCUUCCUUAGUUCUGCAAACAUCACCUCGGUUGACAUCUCCAUGACGUGGGGGAAUGUUUCUGCCGCCAAUGAGACUUUUUUUGCUGACUUAAUAAGUGGUGCUUUCCAGCUGGUGAUCGAGACAAAGAUUUUUGGAGAUUUGCCCAUUAUUUACCAAGGCAUGGAACAAUUUCUGGCAUCCAAUGGCACAAACACAGUGGUGGAAAGUUUUUUUGAGAUGUUUGUGUGGCUGACCUCAACUGAAGCAACUGCAAUGGAUCUGCUGAGUCAGGCCCCUCUCAAACUCUAUAACAUCAUCAAGCCUAUUGUUUAUGUCUUGACUGGAUUGUAUGUGCCUGAACCAGUGGAUCUGGCCCUGUAUGAAGACUAUGCUGCAAACAUUAUUUCAGUGUUCAAUCAGUUUUCAAGCAACAUCAGUCUCAGAAACCAACAAGAAGUCAUGUUGCAAUCAGAAAUGGCAAGUGUUCCACAAGUGAAUGGAGUCAGACGAAAACGUGACGUCUCAACGAUGCCGAUGACCAGACAGCCCAUAGAUGACAUCAUUGCUAUGUUCUCCAUUGACUACUCAUCCAUAUACGGAGCUGCUUUUGUUCCUCCAACCUCAACAGAAGUAAUGGAGAUAGCCCAUGUUUUCUUUGACAAUCCACAUCUGAAUGUUGUGGUUAAAGGGGCUACAAGUGACAUGCAGUGGGGUUUAAAUGCUUCACGGGAGGAUACCAUUGAUGCUGCCCUCGGGGUGGCUUCUCUCCUCACCCACCCUCAGACGUUAGAGAACCCGUCAAUGGACCUUCUGAUGAAUGCUGUUAACACGCUCCCUAAUGACAUUCCUUUCUCUUCUGAGAUUAAAAAUAUUGCCAGUGCACUGGCAAAUGAGUCUCAAGAGAACCUGAUGCUUAUGCAGCAAGCCAUCCAAACAGCCGCCGGGCUCUUUCAGAUCAGCCCAUCAAACACAACGUUCGCAGAGCAACUGCAACAACUCAGAAACCAGGUGUGCAUAGUGGAGAAUUUGGACUCUGUUACUCAGGUGUUGAAAAACGUUUCCAUUGUACCUGGGGAGCUCUGUCACACGUUUGUACCCAGCCUGCAGAUCUUGGCAGAUAAUCUUCAGACAAACGAAAACCUUUUUCCAGAAAUUGUCUUGCAGGCUGUCAUGGGAGACCCCAGGAGCUACAACAUCCAGACAAACUGGAGCUCUGUGUUCAUGAACAUUUUUGGCUUGGAUCUCAGCAAUAUGACGACUGCGAACAUCACUUAUCCAGGAGUUGUGACAUUUGGGGAUAUGCUGAGGGACAAAGCAGCCUUUCUUCUGACCGCUCAACAACAUCUAGGUAUCGAUCCAGCUGCUCUCCUCCUCCUGAUGGACACACCUUUCCCGAACAGCAAUGCCGAGACGGUGUUAUCUGAUGAAAUUCAGGGUCUAGUCGGAGUCAUGGUUCAGGCGGCUGACACAGUAACGGGCAUGAUGACACAGAUUCUCCCUGCUGUCCGUCAACUGCAAAGCUACAUGCGCUCCAUCCAAGAUCUCAACUUGGUGUCCAACGCAGAUUUUUCACAAAUGGCAAGAGGGAUGAAGUCUAGCAGCUCCACCCAACCUACAUUUGUGACACUGUCUCGUGCGAUGUGCUCUAACGGUAUCCUGGCUCUGUUUGGAAUCUCAAAGAUGCCUGAUUUGUCAGAGUCCUCACGUUUUAACAAGCAAAAGAAGGAAGAGAUGAUCGAGAGGUUCAAGAUUCCACGAGAUUCCUCCCCCUUCUGUAUGAACAUGUACCUGGACAUGGUCAACACCACAGGAGGAGCCAUCGCCUGGGCCUUCCUCAAACCCAUGCUGAUGGGACAGAUCCUCUUCACACCUGACACGCCCGUCACCAGGGACAUCAUGCAGAAGGCCAAUGCCACUUUGCAAGAGUUUGCAGAUCUGAAGAAAUAUUCUGAGGACUGGAUCAAAUCUUCAAAUUACAUCAUGAAGUCAGCCGAAAUACUCAGCAACACUUUGCCAAUGCUGCAGAACUCUCUCAACAACGCCUUUGUGAAGAAUUUCAUUGAGAUGCAGACAAACAUAAAUGUGGACAAUAUAAAGAAGAUGUUUAACAGUUUCUCUAACGUGACACUGAUGCUGGAACAGAACAAACAGAUUCUUGAUCAGAUCAGCGCCCUGUCCACAAUGAUGAUGAAGUUCUCCUCUUGUAUCAAGUUCGACCGUUACCGUGGCUACAACUCCAUCGAGGAGAUCGACCGUGCGGCUCAGGAGCUUGCCAAAAACCGUGAACUCUAUGCGAGUGUCAUUUUCAAGCUUUCUGAAGAUUCAUCAAGGAGGCGUGAGGCCCGGUCCUCUCCAUCCUCCUCAGCAUCUCUGCCUCCCAAAGUCAGCUACACCAUCCGCAUGCACAUGGACAACGUCAUGAGAACAGACAGAGUGCGAAGCUCUUACUUCAUAAAGGAUACACACAUCUCGGCCAGUCAGACGAUGCGCUACAACCGGGGAUUCAUCUACCUGCAGGAGAACAUCGAUCGGGCGAUCAUUGAAACCCAGAUCGGGCAGAAAGUCACAGACGUGGCUGUGCAGAUGCAGCCCUUUGCUUAUCCGUGCUUUCUGCGAGACGAGUUCCUGCAGGCCAUGUCUUUUGUCUUCCCUCUCAUGUUGAUGAUACCAUGGGUGUUGUUCGUGGCAGAUUUUGUAAAAAAACUGGUUCAUGAGCGAGAGCUGAGGCUGCAUGAGUACAUGAAAAUGAUGGGAGUCAGCCCUCUCAGUCAUUUCUUCGCCUGGUUCCUGGAGUGUGCUGCCUAUCUGUUAGUGAGCAUCUUCAUCCUCACAAUGGUUCUCAAAUAUGGGAACAUCCUUCCAAAAAGCGACGGCUUCCUUCUCUUCCUGUUCCUUUGCAACUACGGUCUGAGCAUCCUGGCCUUCAGUUACCUGGUCAGCUCCUUCUUUGAUAAGACCUACAUCGCUGGUUUGAGUGGAAGCCUCCUCUACGUCCUCUGCUUCUUCCCCUUCAUCAUUGUUAUGGCUCUGGAAAGCAAUUUAACCUUUUCCCUGAAGAGCCUUCUGGGUCUGUUUUCACCAACCUGUUUCAGCUACGCCUGCCAGUAUGUUACUCGCUAUGAGACUCAGGGAGAAGGAAUUCAUUGGAGCAACUCGUACAUCUCUCCCAUCGCUGGUGACACUGCCUCCUUUGGCUGGCUGUGCUGGCUCACACUCAUCGAUUCCAUCCUGUACUUCAUCAUUGGGGCUUACAUCCGCAUGGUUUUCCCAGGAAAAUAUGGCAUCCCUGCACCGUGGUAUUUCCCCUUCAAGCUCUCCUUCUGGACCGACCUCUGCAGUAGCAGUGGUUCAGAGCAAAACGGAGGCAAAGGACUCUUCUUUUCCAACAUCAUGCAGAACAACCAGCCUGUCUUCUCUGAAGGCAAAGGAAAAGACAAGGGCACACUGUCCUACCAGGGUGAAGAUUUUUCAAGACUUCCUGUGGGUGUUGCACUCCAUGGUCUCACUAAGAUGUACGGUGAAAAAGCAGCCAUUCAAAACCUGAACAUGUCCUUCUACGAGGGCCAUGUCACCUCACUGCUUGGCCACAACGGAGCCGGCAAGACCACCACCAUGUCUCUCCUGACUGGUCUUUAUGCCCCAUCAUCCGGAUCCAUAGAGGUGUAUGGCAAAGAUAUGCAGGCAAACCCUGACAAAGUACGCAAAGAACUGGGCGUCUGCAUGCAAUAUGACGUCCUCUUCGACCACAUGACCGCCAAGGAGCACUUGCUGCUGUACGGCCAAAUCAAAGCCCCACUCUGGUCUCGCGGAGAGCUGCAUGAACAAGUCCGCAUGAUCUUAGAGGAGACGGGCAUGUACGCUCACAGACACAAGCGGGUCGGCACCUUGUCGGGGGGCAUGAGGCGCAAACUGUCAGUCUCCAUCGCCUUCAUAGGAGGCUCACGCUUGGUGGUUUUGGAUGAACCCACCACAGGGGUGGAUCCGUGCUCCAGGCGCAGCAUCUGGGACAUCGUUAUCCAACAUAAGAAAAAUCGCACAAUUAUCAUGUCCACCCACCACCUGGAUGAGGCUGAAGUACUGAGUGACCGCAUCGCCUUCCUGGAAAGAGGAGGAUUAAAAUGCUGCGGAUCACCCUUCUACUUGAAAGACAAGCUGGGUCAAGGCUACAAACUCACCCUCACAAAGAAGAUUCAAGGUGCUGUAAAGGAAUCCGUUGACAGUGCUGAACUGAAGUCUGUCAUCCAAGCUCAUCUACCUGAAGCACGACUGACAGAAGCCAAUGGGGGUGACCUGGUCUACUCUCUGCCCCCCUUCACCUCAUCCAACGCCUCCUCAUACCGAUCACUUUUGACAACGUUGGACACCAACUUGGACGAGCUGCAGCUGGGAGGUUAUGGCAUUUCUGACACCACACUGGAGGAGGUUUUCCUCCAAAUGACUAAUGGAAUCACUAAAGAGGAGAUGCCACUGUCCAUCUCUGAGACGGUUUCAGACAAUGCAUCUAUCGACAGCUUCCCUUCAGACUUCAGUGAUGAUUUUGGCCAAGUUGGAGAUAAGAUCAAGCUGACCAGUUCAUCCAUGGAGAGUGGUUUGGUCCUGGCCUGGCAGCAGCUGACAGCCAUGCUCAUCAAGAGGUUCCACCACAGCCGGAGGGACUGGAAGGGCCUGCUGGCUCAGAUCCUGCUUCCUGUUCUCUUUGUGAUGAUUGCUAUGGGUCUAGGCUCCAUCAAGAGCGACAUGCAGCACUAUCAGAAGCUGGAGCUUAGCCCUGCGCUCUAUAACAUCGGACCAAGUUACUCUUUCUUCAGUAACCAAAAUCCAAGAUCCAGCCAUCUGGUGGACACCAUGCUGUCUUUCCCUGGAAUCGAUAGCGCCUGCCUCGACAAGUCUGAUAACCAGGCCUGCACAAGAAGCACAAACAGCUGGAUCUCUGGAGGAAACAUCUCCGAACCAUUUAGUGUCUGUAAAUGCACCCAGAAGAAACAGAUUUGUAAGAAGAACUUCCAGCCCCCCCAUAAGAAGAUCCCCUCGUCCCAGAUUGUCUAUAAUCUGAGUGGUCUUGAUGUGGACAACUACCUGGUGGCUACAGCCAAUGAUUUCAUCAGGAACAGGUAUGGCGGCUUUGCUUUUGGCAUGCCUCUCCCGCCUGACUUGAAAUUGGACGUUACUGAAGUGCCCCAAAACCGCACGCUGUCCAAGGUUUGGUACAACCCUGAGGGUCACCACACAAUGCCAGCAUACCUAAACAGCCUCAACAACAUCAUCCUGCGCUCCAAUAUCCCUGCUGAUAAAGAUCCACAAAAAUAUUCAAUUUCAGUUUCCAGCCACCCCUAUUUUGGCCGGAGGGAUGAUGAAGAUUCAAUUGUUGAAGGAGUGCUCCAGAUCCUCGUGGCUGUGUGUGUGCUGACAGGGUUUUCCAUUACGACUGCCAGCUUCGCCAUCUAUGAAGUCAUUGAGCACAACAGUGGGUCAAAGAGGCUCCAGCACAUUGCUGGCAUCAGUGAGACUUUCUACUGGACUGUGAACUUCUUCUAUGACAUGGUCAUUUAUUUGGUCCCAGUGACUCUGACCGUCUGUGUGAUCGCUGCUUUCCAAAUUCCAGCAUUUACCGAGCAGCAGAAUUUGGGAGCUGUCACCCUCCUUUUUGUGCUCUUUGGGUCAGUAUUUUGGGCAAAAGUUGAAAUCAACAGCAGUUUAUUUGUUGCAUUAUGCAUAUGUUUUGUUUUUGGUGUAAAAUUUUGGACCAACUUGUAUAUGAUGACAAAUCAGGCCACUGAAAGCAUUAUAUAUAUUUUUUUUUUUUUUUUGGUAAUAAUUUCUAUAAUAUCUCUCUUGCAGGUUAUCCAAGAUAUCUUCAGAAAGCUAUGCAAUGCUUUCCUCAUCUUCCCUCAGUUCAACUUUGGAAACGGACUGAUAGAGCUGGCCAGAUCCAACAUUGAAGUCCAGAUUCUCAGCGGAUAUGGAAUUGAUGCUUAUAAAGACCCAUUUUCCACCGAGAGCUUAGGUUGGAUGUUCAUCUCUUCCAUCAUCCAAGGCUUUGUUUUCUUCACUCUCCGCCUCUUGCUCAACAAGGCUGUCAUACGCAAAGUCAGGCAUCUGAUAUUGGGCAGAAAAACAGUUCCUGAGUUCGUUCCUGAAGAAGAGGAUGAAGAUGUGGUAACAGAGCAUUUCAGAGUUGCUAGUGGAGAAGCCAAAUCAGACAUAUUGCAGGUCAACCAGCUCUCUAAAGUCUAUCAACAUCUCAAUAAGAAGGUGCAUGCUGUCAAGAAGCUGUCUGUGGGCAUCCCUGCUGGAGAGUGCUUUGGCCUGCUGGGUGAGAAUGGUGCAGGAAAAACUACUACCUUCAAGAUGCUGACUGGAGAUGUUAGCCCAACCAACGGGUUGGCACAGAUCAGGGGCAGAGAUGGGCGCUUGGUGGACAUCAUGGAGUGCCGCUACAAGGGAAUUAACAUCGGCUACUGUCCCCAGGUGGAUGCACUUGAUGAUCUGCUCACUGGAGAAGAGCAUUUGUACUUCUAUGCUCGCGUUCGUGGCAUCUCAAAGAGGGACAUAGAUGGGGUGGUGAACUACCUGCUGAAGAGGCUGGAGCUGAAUUACCACAGAAACAUCAUUACUGAUGGUUACAGCUGUGGCACCCGCAGGAAGCUCUCAACUGCACUCGCUCUCAUCGGGCAUCCACAAAUCCUGCUCCUGGAUGAGCCAAGCUCUGGCAUGGACCCCCGCACCAAGCGACACCUAUGGAAAAUAAUUUCUGAAGAAGUGCGAGGAAAAUGUGCCGUGGUCCUCACCUCUCACAGCAUGGAGGAGUGUGAGGCCCUGUGCGGCCGUCUUGCCAUCAUGGUGAAAGGUCAGUUCCGUUGCCUGGGCUCUCUGCAGCACAUUAAAAACAGGUUUGGCACCGGGUUCACGGUGAAGAUGUACUUGGCCGAGCCCUCAUGUGACGCAGAGGCAAUCACUGCUUUCAUGCAGCGCAGAUUCCCCAGCACUUACCUCAAGGACCAGCACUCCGCCAUGGUGGAGUAUCACGUACCAAAUGCUCCUGGAGGGGUUUCUGACAUCUUCAACCAGCUGGAGUCCAACAAGAAUGCUCUGCUGAUCAAACACUUCUCUGUGAGCCAGACCACACUGGAUGAGGUCUUCAUCAAUUUUGCCAUGGAAAAUAUCGGCAUGGAAACGGCACCAAUCCACAGUGAAGACAAAUGUGAUGAGCUGGACUCCAUUAAGGCUGUAACGUCAUAAAGCCGACUGUCGGCUUUCCUUUUCCAUUCGCUUCACUGUAAGAUGAAAAACACUGCAGCCACUUUUGAUAAACUUACCAUUAAUAUACAUAAAUGCAUACAAUAUGUUCAUGUAAAAUAGAAAAGUGAUUAAUCCCUAAAAGUGUAUUGACUGAUUAAUUGAAGGCUAAAUUACAUUUCUAUCUUUCCCUAAUCAAACUUGUAUUGAGAAGCAGAGGACUAUAUGCACUUUUAUGCAUUAAUGCACAAAUGAAGUUGAUUAAAAAAAAAUCUUGUAUCCAUGUAUUUUUUUUU